AUUUCGUUUUUAUCAUCAGUUAGAAUUAUUACGAUUGUUACCCACAACCGGCCAUAACCGGCCUCUCGUACAACAUGGCCUCGGGAAGUGGUUUUGUUCGAUUCAUAGGUCCAAAGACUUUAAAUUUAUUUAGUUCACAAAGAUUGUCCAACAUUUCGUUCUAUCUUUCCCAAAAAUGUUUGUUUUGUGAUAAAAAGGUUAAUCAUAUAGCGACUAAACGAUUGCAUCACACUACGUCCUCACGCACUGUCAAAACUAUCGUUCAAAAACGGACUUUUCACUCUACAUCAGCAUGGCUAGCACGAAAAGACUAUUAUGAAAUACUCGGAGUUUCUCGAAAUUCUGCAGCUAAGGAUAUUAAGAAAGCGUACUAUCAAUUAGCGAAAAAGUUUCAUCCGGAUACGAAUAAAGGUGAUCCAGACGCUAGUAAAAAAUUUCAAGAAGUUUCUGAAGCUUAUGAGAUAUUAAGUGAUGAAACUAAAAGGAAAGAAUAUGAUACGUAUGGGGCAACAUCAGAACAAAUGGGAAUGGGAGGAGGAGGAGGUCGAGGGCGUGGGACUGAAGGAUUUAGCCAAUCCUGGAGCUAUCAAUCAACAAUUGACCCAGAGGAAUUAUUUAGAAAAAUUUUUGGAGAUACAUCAUUUCGUUCUGGUUUUGAAGAUUUUGCUGAAUCACAAUUUGGAUUUGGUAGUUCCAAGGAAGUCACUAUGCGUUUAACAUUCCAAGAAGCAGCUCGUGGUGUAAACAAAGAAAUUACAGUAAAUGUGGUUGAUACAUGUCCAAAGUGUCACGGAGCACGUGCCGAGCCCGGAACUAAAGCUACGACAUGCCAAUAUUGUAGUGGUACAGGCAUGGAAACUAUUUCCACAGGCCCAUUUAUAAUGAGAUCUACAUGUAGAGCAUGCCACGGAUCAAAAUCAUUUAUUAGAUAUAAAUGUACGGAAUGUGAGGGUAAAGGUCAAACAGUUCAAAGAAAAAAACUUACUGUACCUGUACCAGCUGGUAUAGAAGAUGGUCAAACUGUACGCAUGCCUGUGGGUAGAAAAGAAAUUUUUAUCACGUUCAGGGUGGAUCAAUCUGAUUAUUUUAGACGCGAUGGCAAUGAUGUCCAUACAGAAGCUGAAAUAUCAGUAUCACAGGCUAUUCUUGGUGGAACAAUUCGAAUUCAAGGUAUAUACGAGGAUCAUACGGUUCAAAUAAUGCCUGGAACUUCAUCAAAUACUAAAAUAAGGUUAGCUGGUAAAGGUGUUAAAAAAAUGAAUGGAUAUGGACACGGAGAUCACUAUAUACAUAUUAAAAUAAAAACACCUAAAAAAUUAUCUCCGAAACAAUUAGCGUUAAUACAAUCCUAUGCUGAAUUAGAAGAAGAUACACCUGGUCAAAUUCUGGGCGUUACAUUUAAAACCGAUGGAACCAAGCGUAUAAUAGACGAAUCAUCUGAUUUAUUGGAAUCAAUACGUGCUGCUUUACAGGAUCAACAACAAAAGAAAAUAGACGACAAGAGGAAGACGAUACUCGAGUCAAAUCAAAACGAGAAAACACAUGGAGCUAUUAGUUAUAGUAAUACUAAUGAUAAUAAUCAAUCAAAAAUAGAAAAUAUUGAAAAAUCUAGUGAAAUAAAUAGUAAUAAUGAUAAUUCUGAAAUUAAUGGUAACAAUUUAAAUGAAAGUAUUGAUGAUAUUGAAAAAACUGUUGAUUAUAUAAAAGUGAGCAUAGAUUCUACCAAUGAAGAUGGUGAUAAAUCAAAAAAGAAAAUAGAUCAUGAAAUUCCAGUGCACAAAGUAAACGGGGCUUAAGAAUUAUAAUUACUUUGAGAAUUUAUUGUCUUUUGUAAAAUAAAUAGUUCAAUUUUGUGAAUAAUUACCAGUUUUACCAAAAAAAAAAAACUUUAAUUUCUUUAAUUUUUUCUAAGCCGUGCUGUAAAUUUUAGUCUUUUUUUUCUGUUAUCUGCAGAGUAGUGUUUGUUUAGUCAAAAUGGCCAUGUUGAUUGUUUAUAUACAUUGUUAAUUUUAUGACGGUUAAUUAUAAAAAUUAUGCCUUUAGAAGGGGA